UUUGAAGUUUUGAAAACGCCAAAGCGUCAAAACAUGCCGCCAAAAAACCCUCAUCGAUUUAACGAACAAACACAGUUAAUAAUUCUAAAUGUGUUGGCUUUCUUUCAAAUUGAACAGGAACAAGUUCGGAAUGGCAUACCACUAGACAUCAACAAUGUUAUACAGCGAACUGCACAAGCAACGAAAGUCAGCCCAACAACCAUUUCAAAUUUGAGAAAAAAUGGUGUAAAAUCCGACAAAGAUUACGCAUCUAAUGUCUCUACCAAGCAAAAGAUUAACAAGACGAAAAUCACAGAAUAUUUGAAGAAUAAAAUUCGGGAUACAAUCUAUUAUAUGUACUCCCAAAAGGAAUAUGUUACACUGGCAACUAUUAGACAAAAAUUUCUGGAGCAAAACGAAUAUUUUCAAUUUUCCAUUGAUUCAUUGAGAAAGUGGAUCAAAAGUAUGGGUUUUAAAUGGAAGAAGUCCAAUAACAGAAAAUAUCUUAUGGAUUUACCGGAUAUUGUCCACAAACGAAUAAAAUUCUUAAGGGAGUACAUUGAAAACAAAAAUUUGGGACAUGAGGGUUAUACUCCGGUUUUUAUGGAUGAAACCUGGAUAUUUAGUAAGGGAUCAUUUCGAAACAGCUGGCAAGAUGAUACUAAGCACACGGAAUCAAUUAAACCCAAUGAAGGUCAUCGAUACAUUAUUGUCCACGCUGGGACGAACGAUGGCUUUAUUGGUGGGGCAAGUUUGAUUUUUAAAAGUGGAAAAAAAACAGGGGACUAUCAUGAUAAUAUGAACAGGGGUAAUUUUGAAAAUUGGUUCAAGACUCAACUGGUGCCAAAUCUUCCUGAAAAAUCUUUAAUUAUUAUGGACAACGCAAGCUACCAUUCUGGCCUUUUAGAGAAAAUUCCCACCAAAUCAUGGACAAAACAAAGAAUGAUAGAAUGGUUAGGGGAAAAAAAUAUCGGCUAUCCAGAAAAGGCAAUGAAGGAUCAAAUAUGGAGCAUUGUCAGCGCAAACUGCCCCAAAUAG